AUGGCGGACGAGCCGAGCUCCUCGGGACGUCGUGAUCGCGAGGAACGGAGUGCCGACGAGUCGGCCUCCCUGAUAGAUACCGUGACCGACCCAUUGCUGGAAUGGGUGGGUGACGAGCCGCGGGGGACAGCGUCGAUAUAUAGCCGGGAUGACCGACAUCCAUUCACUGUUAUUGAAGAGGGUCACGACCAGCCCGACUUCCAGCAGAAUUUCGUGGUCAUGCUCCCGUCGACCAAUGCAAGAAUUUGCUCGGUGUAUCCGAACUACAGCUUCGCGAUGUAUGAGAUCGCGUUUAAAGACUUAGGGCUGCGGCUGCCGUUCACAGAUUUUCAGGCCGGGGUCUUUAUGCAUUUGGAGCUGUCCCCGUCCCAGCUACACCCGAACUCUCUUGCCUUCAUCCGGGCGUUUGAGUUGACGUGUCGCUACUUAAGGAUAGGGGCGACCAUCCCUCUUUUCUUUCGGGUAUUUCACCUGCAGCGUCAGUCCCGAGGAGGGAAGCACAGCUGGGUGUCCCUGAAGCAGUCGAGGAGACUGUUUAAGAUGUAUAUGGACUCCGUGAGGGGGUUCAAGGACAAGUGGUAUGUGGUACGCCCUAUUACCGACUCUGCUGUAGAUUCCCUUUUCGAGGAGGAGGGGCCAGUCAGCGAUGAUGACGGGGAAGCGAUGGUGGCCGACGACGGGAGCCCCGUGUUAGGUCGUAGGGCUAAGUUCCCGGUGUACUGGAUGUCCCGACACUACGAGCAUGGGACAGGUUAUUUCCAUACCGCAGUCGGGGAUAUGUGCACGGAAGAUCAGCGGGCGUACGAGGUUCUUUGCCGGUUUGUCGACAGUUUUCAUCCCGCCCAAUGGGUUACGCGGGAAGGGAAUGAUAUCCUCGACAAAGACGGUUACCCGACGUUCGAGUCUCGCCCGAUCGACACCAAGGCGCUGGUGGAAUGUCCGACAUAUAGGCAGGCAGCCCGCCUGUUAGGUUGUUUGCUUGAAAUUCUUUAUUCGUCAUUUAUUUAUGCAAUCUGCUCGAUACUGACUUUUCCUUUAUUUCGUGCAGGUUCGAUGGCUAGCCGACAUGAAAGGCUCCUGAAAUUGUCAAACGACCAGAGACGAGGCAGGAGGGUCGUGAAGCCCCCGCAGAUGACGAGGAUGGGACCACCACAAAGCCCGAACGCUCCCCAGCCGGUGAGGGUGGACUCGACGUCGAGCUCGGGGCCCGCGUCAGAUCCAGAGGUCGAGGAGAUUGAUCCCAGUGCUGUUUUGACGCAGAGGAAGAGGACCCGCGUGGAAGGCGGUUCGACUGUCGGGGAGGAUGCCGGUGAUGUUCAAUCUUUUGCCUUCCCCCCUUGCUUCGAAGAGGCGGGCUUUUUCGAGCGAUUUCCUCCGACAGUGGUCGCCCAUGAAGCUGAGGCCAUAAAGAAGAUGACUAAAGAGGAGAGGAAGUCGUAUCUGGCCGCCAGCGUGGACGGGCUGGUGAAAAUGGCCGAAAUGGCUUUGGUGUUAUCUGAGGAUGCAGGGGAUGCUGCUCGUGUCGAAGAGCUCGAGCAGGAGAAGGCGGCCUUGACUGCGAGCUCGCGGAAGUUGAAGGUCGCUCUGGAACGCUCCGAGGGGAUGUUCCGAGAGCAGACCGCGAUACUUGAUGCCGAGAGGGAGAUGCUGACCCUGGAAAAGGAGAAGUCGGGGAGGUUGACUGAGGAAGGGGAGUUGCUCUGGACCGACAGGGAUCGCUUGGCUGCUGAGGUCGAACGCCUGGGUAAACAGGUUGAGGAAAUGAAUGUUGUCCUGCAACCUGCCGAAGAUGAGCCCGAGGAUAUAGAAGCCUUGAAGAGUCGGGCGGAGCUGGUCGCCCACAUCCGGCUCCUCGAGGUGGACUGCGUCGGUGCUCUGGAGGACGGGUUCAAUUCUGCGGUCGAUCAGCUCUCAUUGCUAAACCCUGGCCUGAUCACCGAGGGUAUCGGACACACACACCGGGUUGUAGGUGGCGCGAUCAUUCCUCCGCCCGACUCUCCCAGCGUCGACAACGAUGAUUUCGUGGAAGUUGAGUAG